GUAGUCUCAUCUCGCGAGACUGUGUGUGGGGGGAGACUGAGGAAGAAGUGUAUGGCCGGAACUGAGAGUCUGUGGAAGUAAAAGAGGGUCGCGGCGGGGCAUUUAAUGGCGAACUGUGCCGAGAGCUACGGGGACGUGUCCUUGUGUUUUAUCUUAAUAGAAACCAAUUCUGUUACAACAGCGCCACCCGCAGGUCAGUUUCCAGGAGGAAGUGGUCAGGAGAAACAAGGAGGAGGAGGAGGCUGCUCUCAUGUUCUACUGCUUAGAUAAGAUUUCAUAUCAUGGAGCAGAAGGGAAGUUUAGUGUCCAGAGCAAACAGCAUCGGAUCCACAAGCGCAUCAUCAGUACCUAAUACAGCCUACAACAUGAUGGACAAUGCUUGUUCCCUAACCUCAGAUGACGAGGACAGUGAUGAUCGCCAAGGAACCAUAAAGAAUGACUACAAGGACCGGCGAAGACGGGCGCACACUCAGGCCGAGCAGAAGAGGAGAGAUGCUAUCAAAAAAGGUUACGAUGACUUGCAGUGCAUUGUGCCCACAUGUCAGCAGCAAGACAUUGCUAUAGGGACACAAAAACUCAGCAAGGCCGUUGUUCUGCAGAAGACCAUAGAUUAUAUCCAGUUCCUGAAUAAGGAGAAGAAGAAGCAGGAGGAUGAUGUGUCGAAACUAAGGAAGGAAGUCAUGGCUUUGCAGAUCAUGAAAUCAAAUUACGAGCAGAUUGUAAAGGCUCAUCAGAACAAUCUCCACGAAGGCACAGAUCAGGUUCCGGAUGAGAUGAAAUUCAGGGUGUUCCAAGGCAUCAUGGAUUCUCUGUUUCACACCUUUAAUUCUUCUGUUUCUGUGAACAGCUUCCAAGAGCUGUCUGCUUGUGUAUUUGCCUGGAUAGAGGAACACUGUAAGCCACAGACACUGCAAGACAUUGUAAUUAGAUUUCUGCACCAGCUGAAGAAUCCGCUGUACUGAGGGCUUAUUCCUCCGGUUUUGCCAGAAAAAAAAGCCAAGGAGUUGACAGAGGUGCAGUUGGCUCAGAAGUGGCGUGCCUUGUAUGAUGUGUUAGAUUGUUCUGUGUUGCUCAAUACUGCCAGUGUUUUUACCAAUGCCACUAAUUGUCCUGUUGUGCGUCUAUCUACAGAAGAAAAUGUGACACCUCAGUGAGUCCAUAUUCAGAAAGCUGAACAUUCACACUUUGUAGUGUAGCCACUGGAAUCCAUUCUUGCUCAGUGACAAAGGGUUACUUCAUUGCAGUCUCCUUGAGUAGGUGAGACCUUCAGUUCCAGAGAAUCCACUGUUUUCUGUCGGGUUUUGUGCUAUAAUCCGUUUAUUGAGUCUUAAAAUCAUUGACAUUUUUCUACAGUUCAGCACCUUUUAAUUAAAAUCUUAAUAUAUUUAAUCUAAAACUGUGUAUGUCUAGAUAUUUCAGUGUACACUUCUGUUAGUCUUACAGCAACCCCACAUAGGUGAGUAGCCACAAGCUGUAUCCUUCUGCUUAUUAUUAAUGUCCUGCAGGGUAAAGGGGCGCAGUUACUGGGUUGGACCCUUAGAUGCAGUAGUUCACAGCAGGGGCAGUUUAUUAGAAUAUAAGCUCCUCAAAACCUUAAUCUUUCUCUUCACUAAGUGGAAUCACUACCAGGCUUUAAUAUUGUUCUAUCCUUUUAGUGUGAUCCCCCACACCCAGAGCUGUCUCACAAUUACCUUUAAACAGUAAGUUAAUACAAUGUGCUUUGUCUCUAAUUUAUUCAACUGCACAGUUUCAAGUGCACAAAGGUUUUUCAUUUUGUAUUUGGUGCAAUAAUUAUCCAGCUCGACCAAUCUAGGCUUAAAGUAUAAUUAAACCUUAAAAAUAAGUGAAUGUAAAAUUGACGAGGGGCUAUUCUAUGCACUUUUUACAUUCAUUGUUUAUUUUUAAUUCCAAGAUAUUACAGGUUCUUCUUCUUAGGAAAAAAAUUAGAAACCUUAAUCAAAUAUUUCCUAUCAGAGCAGCCUCUUUCUUUCUCCUGACAACUUCCCUGACUACUUGAUGGUCAGAAUGGUGCGAAAAUGGCCAGCAUGUGGUGCUGUUGUAACAAAAUUCAUUCACAAUAACAGUACAUGUAUCUUUUUUAAUAUCUUGGAAUUAAAAAUAAAAAAAAAUAAUGAAUGUACAUUACAAACAUGCUUAAAAUUUCCCUCUCUUCAAUUUUACAUUCACUUAUUUUCAAGGUUUACUAUCCUUUAAUAGUAACCUCUGGUCUCUUACCAUGUCCAGUACAUUAUAAUUCAUUAUUACCCAUAAUAUCUCUUGUAAGAUCAGUUUGGUUAUACACAUUCCUUUUGUCCAGUUCCUUCAUUAAAUUGUUUGGUGUCAUAAAUCAGCUUUUAAAUGUUUAUUUUGUCCUGUACUCUCCAAACAUCAGCAGUUACUUUUCUCCUUAAUCCAACCCGUCACACUAUAGAACUGUUUUUAAGAGAUUUUGGCUGGUUUUUUUUUCUCAACUUUAUCACUGGAACAUAAGAAUUAUUCUGACUAAAAUUCAUCUUCCUUGGCUAACACUGUGCGUCACAUCAUUACCAGGCAAUUCAUGUCUCUAUGCAUGUGAAUGGAAAUGUACUACAUAUUGCUACAUGCAGCUAACAAUACUAGUGGUUUGGCAUAUACGGGAGGUAGACAAAAUAAUGUCAAUGCCAAAGGGAAUGGUAAAAUCACAGUUCCAGUGGCAUCUAUAUUGAUAUUAAUUACAUGAAUUACUCAUUAACUGUGUCAUAAUGCCCAAUAGACCCAAUUCAAGGGUGACAGCCUUUGUGGCAGUUACAGACGUGAGAAGAUCACAGGCCUAUCUGGAAAUGAUCCAGCUCAGUUACAAAAAUAUAAUUGUGUUUCUUUCCCAGAAAAAGCCAGUCAUUUAUAAAUUUGUCCUAAAUAAAUGUCUUAUGUGAUUGCAGUGUACCAACCACUAUAUGGCACUGUUUAUCUUAUAUUACCUCUCUCUUGCCCAAAUGCUGCACUUUGUAUAUUUACAAACACCCUUUAAUGUCCCUAGAGCAGUACUUCUGUCUAUACAGUCCAUAAUCCCACAGUCUGAUGUCACCACUCCACUACUACUCAAUAUAAUUCUAAGCAAUUUAGCCAUUUUUAUUGAUUUUUACAUUUUAAAAAUGUAAACUACUGAAAGCAGGGUUCUCCUCCCAGUCUCUGCAGUUGUUUCUGCUACAUUAUUUCAGGAGUCAUAAACAGCAGUGCAGAAAAUACAAACAGCGAGGCAGGUUUCAAUAGGAACUGCAUUUACAAAUGUUAAACCACUGAAAAUGUUAAAAGAAGGCAUUUUGGAAUGUUGCUUCAAAUGAUAUUCUUUCCUUUAGCUAAGGACAAAGUUUAGGGUGGAGUUCCCCUUUAAGCAAUGGGAAGGCUUAGAAGUCAGGGAAGCUAAGGAACAUCACCAGUCUCAAUGAAAAAAGAGAAAUGGAAUAAUGGAGGCUGGAAUGCAAGGAGAAACAGCAGGGCUCCUGUAGGUGGUGUGGGGCCAAGUCAGUGUAAGUGUUAGAAAGGAUUUUAUGCAGCUAAAUAUGUUAUGAGGCUUCAUAAUUAGGUCAGUUAGAUGCUCAGUAACCCUGGUCUAUCUGCAGCCAUCUGUUAUUAGUUUAUGUGCAGAGAAUGAUAUGGGGGGAAAUGCACUCAGCAUAUCACUUACACUUAUCCCCUCAUAUUUAUUGUAGUUUGUUUUACUGUUCCAUUACGGUUACUUAAAAAGGGAAAACAUACUGUGUCCCUGAGUUCUCAAACUGUGUUUCCACCGGAGGGUUGUCUAUGGGGCAAAGCCACCUUGUCGCACGCUAUUUCUCUAUAUUCUUGUUUCUGCACUACAAUUUGUCAUUUUUGUGUUGUGUUUCAUAGAAGAACAUUGAAGUCUAUGUUUAACCAUUUACAAAUAAUCAUCUACAAGUCUAGUGAUAAAGGCUUAGCAUAAACGUUGUGGGCAUUUUAGCAUAUAUGAUGGAUAUGCAUUAUGAGAAGGCAUACUAAGAAGAAAUCAAUACCUUCAGACUCAGCACUAGAAAUAGCAAUGACGAUGUUUGCAGGUAACGUGUGCACUUGUUCCAACUCAUGAAAUGGUAUGAAACUGCAUGAAAUGCGUGAGAUUCUGUAGGAAAGACCUCCUGGUUGUACAGUAGUUUGAAUUAAAUUGUGGCUAUGCAAUUGUGCUUUCAAGAGAUGCUGCUUUCCUACUGAAAUGAAAUAAAGAGUUUGUGUCAUUUUGA